UAAGAAAAGUACAGUUAUUUAGCAGUAUAAAAGGCAAAAUAUUAUUAAAGUAAGAACAAGUGGACGAAAGGAGCAGAGAAAAAUGGUGAGCGAAGGAGCAACCAUAACAGCUACAAUGAUUGCAGUAGUGUUUGCGAAAGUUGGUGGUGACACUCUAAUGAAAUCAGCAAACAAAGAUGGAAUGAGUAUUUUUAUUUUCACUGUUUACUCAAACCUUUUUGCUCUAUGCUUUCUUCUACCAUCCUCACUUUUCUACCAUAGAAAAAGAGUUCCUCCUCCUAUUUCAACAUCAAUUUUCUGCAGAUUAUUUCUUCUUAGUUGCAUCAGAACUGUAAUGCAGAUUUUAAUGAAUACUGGAAUUGGAUAUAGCUCUCCCACUUUGGCAUCAGCUAUGGGUGAUCUUGUCCCUGCUUUUACCUUCAUACUUGCUCUAGUUUCAAGUAAUUCAUUUUUCAAGUGUAAAAGAGGAGAGAAAAACAAAUGAGAGAGCAAGGAGAGCAAUGAUAAUGGAUGGAGGUUCGUCACAGAAGACCUCAUACAAUGGUGAAUAAGAGCUUUGUGUGGUAUGCUCGGAGGGGAAAGGCCUUGGGGAAGACGAGACACUGUCAUCUUUCUUUUUUAUGGAAUUUCCAGAUUCAUUUGAUGCAAAGGAAAUGUUCGAAGUUUUCAAGGAAUAUGGUCUGGUGGUGGAAGUUGUCAUUCCACCAAGGAGGGACAAGAGAGGCAAACAAAUAUGGUUUUGUUUGAUUUAGAAAGGUCGUAGACGAGUGAGUGCUUACUGUAAGGCUAGAUAAUAUUUAUAUUCAAGCAAAGAAGAUCUUUGCUAACAUACCUAUAUUUCAACGAGGAAUGAAGGUAGAUCAACAAUCAGAUAAGAAAUAUGUGAACUUGGAGGCUAAAGGUAGGGUUGGAUGAUUACAUUAGUCAGGGGCUCGUAUUUGGAAUCCUAUAGCACCAAAUAAGACUUAUGCUCAGGUGGUGGGUUUUAACAACUCAGGUGUAGAGAUGAAGGCUAAUGGUGAUGGAAAUAUGACGUAUAACUAUAGCAAAAAUCGAAGGUCAGAUACUAUGGAUGCGAAACCCAAUUUUGUGAAUCUCCAAUUUAAUAUUGAGAAGAAAGAUAAUGUUAGAUUUGAAAAAGCCUUUGUUGGGGUGGUGGAGAAAUCAGGUUCGACAUACAAUGUGCAGGAAGCUCUACAUAUAUAAGGUUUUUUUCGCAUCAAAGCUACUCCAAUGAGGGUAAACCUCUGUUUGUUGGAGGAAACUGAGGAGGGCGAGAUCGUUGCUUUGAUAAUGAAGGCUAACUCAUGGGUAAGUCAAUGGUUCUCUGAUAUCCACUCAUGGUUGCCGGAGGAUGUGGAUAAGGAAAGACUUACAUGGCUAAGUUUUUAUGGGCUACCUUGUCAUGCAUGGUGUCCAGCAUUUUUUAAGUUCAUAUCAGGAUUAGUUGGUGAGUAUGUGUACUCUAAUGAAGAGAUUGAUAAGCACAUGAAGUUGAAUGUUGCUUGAAGAAGUCCAAAGAUGUUAUUCGGUUUGCUGUAUGUUGGUGUAUAUAGUGGCCUAGAAAUCAUAUCAUGGUCAACAAUGAAAUCGAGGAUCCUGAUGUAAUUGUGCAUAGAAUUUUAGACGUAAUUGUUCAUAGAAUUUUAACCUUCGCGUGAUAGUGGUUGUGAAUUUGUCCAAAUCAUAGAAUCAAAUGUAAUUAUUAUGAAUGAUAUAAAUGUCCAUUUGAUUUCUUUUA